GGAUAAGAAGAAGGAGGACCGAGUGGGGGUUUGGCAAGGCCUUUUUCCCUCUUUCAGUUUAUAGGUCCUCAAUACACACACCCACAUUAGGGCACUUACACACACUCAGACAGCUGAGCCCAGUAGACAAAGUAAGGAUGUGACAUCAUCCACAGGAAGAAAGGCUAAACAACUUUUUCCCUCUCUACUGUGUUUUUGUCUGCGCUGCGGAGUGGAGUUGGAGCGUCUGCGGCUGAAAGUGGCCUGAAAGACGAAUAGGAUCCAGAAGAGCUGAAGGGGGGAGCGAGCAGCUGGAACCGUCCUCCGCCAGGAGCUUAAUCUGAAGGCAUCCAGCGCCUGAAUCCUCCCCGAACUCCUCCUGACUCUCCAGGACAUACCACAACAGGAUCUCAGCCAGGUACAGUGUCUCAUAAUUCAACCUCUACAUCAAUCUUCCUUUUUUUUAUUUCCUCCUUACUUCUUUCACUCUUACUUUCCCAUUCCUGUGUCUGGUCUUCUUGGAAUUCAUUUUUUGACCAGAGAGAAAUUCCACAACAGCCACAAGAAUAUGCCAACAGUACAUGAUCAGACAUGCUUUAGUCUGAGGUUGUAGAGGCAUGCAGGGAGGCGUAAAGUGAUGCAAAUUAAAGUCACUCUGUCCCACAUGCUGUUACUUUUUCUACAGACGAGCACUGUGUUUGGUAACAGAGUGUCCAUGUUUAAAGUUAGACUGGAUCCGGGAGUCCCUGAGCUGAGCACUGAGAGUAACACUGUCACUAAUAACUCUCCUCUGAAGCCCUUUUGUUUUGGACACAGUCAGAGCUAUCUCAUGACCACACAUUCAUGGUCCCUUAGUGGGGGAUUUGGAGCUGAGGUUUUUCCAACUUAAAGCAUUUAUGUAAAGAAACAAGUACUCGUCUUACACAUUACGUGCUUUGAAGACACUUGAGAAGUUUGUUACAGUGAGUUUUCUGGUGAGCUACAGCCACUCAAAAUUUACACUAUUCAUUUGUAUUAAUGUUUGUCUCAUAUGAUAAUAUACAGUCAGAAACUAUCGCAGAAAAACAACCACAGGAAGUGUUGAGACCGGCACUGCGAAGUGGGACACAAAUGCGGAUAUAGUAUCAUGUUGCAACCACAGUGGCUGAAAUGUGACUGCUCUGUCAAAUCUGUAAAAGCUUAUGAUCCAGUCACAGAGAGGAAACACAUAAGCAAUUUUUUCCCCAAAUGAUUGAAAUAAAUGUGAAGUUAUCUGAUGAACAAGACUUAUUUUCACUUGAACUCCCCUGUCAUUCAGCUAAACCAGUUGAUAUUUGAGAGCUAAUAUUGAUACACAUGACAGUUACAGAGUUGAGUUACAUAACAUUUAAUUGAGAUGAACGUCAUGGCCCAUGGCAAUAUCAUCCACCAGAUGGUAAAUACACAACAGAAGAGUCAUUUCCAUGACUCAUUUUUAGAGGAGCAACUCAGAGUUCAGAGUUUGCACAAUAAUCUUAGUUUUCUUUCUUUCUUUCUUUCUUUCUUUCUUUCUUUCUUUCUUUCUUUCUGCAAAAACUUUUGUUACUCUCCUGAGGUUUACAUCUGUUUUUAAUUUUAUUAUUUUGGACGAAAGUGUAAGUGUUGUGCUGGAGAAAAGCUGCCAUUGUACUUGGAACAUUUUAUCUCAUGCUCCUAGAGUCAAAGCUUGCCUUUUCAUUUUCUCUCAGUCAAGCUCUACUCUCCUCGCCUGAAUUACGCCACAACCAAAGCCAAAGCCAAAGCCAACUACGGCUAUUUUUAUCAAUGAGCUCUCCUCAACUUUUGUGAUAGAACCAUUUUUGGUCACUCUAAAGAGCGGGGACAAUAUUGGCAGAGAGAUGAACGCAUAUUGGUUUGGAGUGAAGUUUUCUCUGCUUGUCAUGCUUGUCUUGUCCCCUUUCAUUUAAAUCCCUUUGUGUACAAUCUGAAAGUGAUGCUCAAGGUUUUAGCAUUGUAUGUAAUAUGGAUCAUUCUGGUCAACAGCAGUAGACUGAAAAGACUCUGAUUUCUGUUGUUUUUCUGUUUCACAGAUACACCCCACCGCCUGAGACCAAGAGCUCCUUGCUAUCUUUACAUGACAGACGCUGACCACUGUGACCUGAUCUCCAAGUUGAAACUAUUUCCCAGGAAGGCUGCACUUUAUCAAACUCAAACUUAGUAUCUUUUGAAGCACUUAUCCCCCCUUAUCUGAGGGGAAACCACCAAGUCAAUGGCAUUGUGUCUUGGACAAGUGUUCAGCAAAGACAAAACAUUCAGGCCAAGGAAACGGUUUGAACCGGGCACUCAGCGCUUCGAACUCUACAAGAAGGCGCAGGCCUCGCUCAAGUCUGGCCUUGACCUGAGGAAGGUGGUUCAGCUGCCGGAGGGGGAAAGCAUGAACGACUGGGUUGCUGUUCAUGUGGUGGAUUUCUUUAACAGGAUCAACUUGAUCUAUGGCACGAUGAGCGAGUUCUGCACCGAGCGCACAUGUCCCAUCAUGUCAGGGGGGCUGAGGUACGAGUACAGGUGGCAGGAUGGAGACGACUACAAAAAGCCCACCAAACUGCCCGCACUCAAGUACAUGAACCUGCUGAUGGACUGGAUAGAGUCUCUCAUCAAUGACGAGGACAUCUUCCCCACCAGAGUCGGUGUGUGAGGAGUCUACCAAUGUCUGUUAUUGAUUGUGUAACCUAAUACCUGAUUGAUUGUUGACUGUGCUAAUGUGGAGUGAAGGCACUGCUAUCCCUUCAUUAACACCACGGCCACUAAGAUCAGGCAGAGGUUAAUUGAAGAAUGGAAUUGACAUUUAGAGGAGGUUGAAUGGGAUGAUUGUGGUGCUAUUUUGUCUGUGCAUCAGGUUUGAUAAUCAGCAUUCAUUAGCAGUAUAUUUUUAUGCAUGUUCCAGGAGUUCGCCUAGUGAUUAGCGCUGAAAUCAAAGCAUCUCUGUUUGAACCAACCAGGUACCUCUUUGUCUUGCAUAUACCUCCACAGUUGAAGAUGUAGAUACAUCUUAUGAAUGUUUCCUGCAACAUAUAGCUUGUGAUUAGGCCAAAUUGUAUGAUUUUUUUUUGCAUCGCUGGGAAAACACAGUGACUUAAUCUCCCUAUUGCUUUUACAAGCAAAACUUGUAAAAGUAAAACUUGUGAGAAUCUGUUUUUUAUUGCAGCCAAACUGUGAUAAUUUGCUUAACUGGCUGAGCUACUCAUCAGGUAUUCCCAGGAGAUUCCUAUCUAUAUAUCUAUCUAUAUAUCUAUAUAUCUAUAUCUAUCUAGUCCAAAAAUUAGGACAUUUGUUCUGUAUUUUCCAACAUACAAUUACAUACAAGUAUUUUCAGCACCAUGAAAUCAUAUAACUGGGUGUGACUGAAAAGCUCAUACCUGUCUCUUUCAUAUCCUAAAAAGAGAGGAUGCUAAUAAUUAAGAGUUAUCCCUGGAAUAUAUUGUUCAUGAAAGUCAGACUCAAUGAUUAAUGCUGCAGAGGUGAAACCAGAGUAUGACAUUUGUCACAUGAUGACUUUCAUGAUACAAAGUGAUCAAAUCUCGCCACAUAUCUUGUUCAAAACAUAAACCCAGUUAGAAAUCCCGCUCUUUAUUUCUGUAACCCUCUUCAUUUCUUCACACCAGGUGUACCUUUCCCCAAGAACUUCCAGCAGGUCUGUAAGAAGAUUCUGAGUCGUCUCUUCAGAGUGUUCGUCCAUGUUUACAUCCAUCAUUUUGACAGCAUCUGCAGCAUGGGGGCCGAAGCACACAUCAAUACCUGCUACAAACACUACUAUUACUUCAUCUCAGAGUUCAACCUCAUCGAUCACUCAGAACUGGAGCCGCUGGUGAGACAAUAGGGAGAAUCACAGAUGUCUGAGCUUGGAAACAGGUAGUAGAAGAAAAGAUCAGACCAGUAUUUUGUAUCGGUAGAGUUGGUAGUUAAUAGUAGCCUCUCUUUCAUCCGUAACAUAUAUACAGCAUGUCCUGUGCAGCCCAAGGACUACAUGACAUUUGACUCGAGGAACUGGAUCAGCAUUCAUUUGUAAUUUUUCUAACUCAUUUUUGAUAGAAAGGUGUCGGUUCACAGCAACAGUAUUUAAAAGAAGUUGCCAAAUUUAAAUAAAAAGAAAGAUUUUUUGAGUUGUUGCUUUCUCAACAGUUAGCAUUGUGUUUGCGUCAACAACAAGCUUCUGUCAUCAUCAUUAUGGGACCCUAGAAUCUAUUUUUUCUUUACCCGUUAAAACAGGGACGUCAACUCACAAAAGAUGAGUGUAAACAGGCCCUUAUUUUACUGUCAAACAUUUUGUUGUUGGGUGUGUUUGCACAGUGACAAACAACGUUCUAUAUAUUGACAGUGUUGAUAACACAGUCAACAUCCAUGUCUCCACACAAAAUGAGUUUCUUUUUUCCUAAUUAUGAUCUUUGUUUUCCUUUCUUUUCCAACAGAAAGAGAUGACAGAGAAGAUAUGCAACUAAAUGCAGCCACACACACAAAGAAGUUUACAUUCUGACACAAUCUGAGCCCUGUGAGAAAUCAUCAGCUUUGAAACACUCAAAACAAAGAACAAUCCGACAUGAAGUUUUGUGAGUGAUUUUCAAUGUUGAACUUGAAAGGUCCACCAUUCCAGACAUUUCUGUCAGUGUUCACAAUGACAGAUUUUCUUUUCUCUUUUUUGAUAAUAUGAUAAUGGUGUUUAAUGCUUUCAUUUCAUGACUUUGUGGUGUUUUGUAAAUCUACAUCUCCUGUACUAUUGCCUCCUCUUUACUAUUGUGCAUGUUUGUGUUUGACAUGUUUUAAGUGUUGGGUUUCAUUGUCAAGAAUGAUGUUUGUUUUAUGUUCUGUCAGUCUUUUUAUAGAGUUAAGAUGAUUAAAAAGUGAACCUUGAAAAAAA